GCCGUCGAUUGCAGUGAAUAUUUCUCUCCGGCAUAGAAGUAGGCUUUCGUCUCGCUUUCUAUUUCUCAGGCAGACGGAGAACUCAUCGCUGAUUUUGACCAGAUUCGAGAUCGGGGAGGACGGAGUUUUCAUCUGCAGGGAUUUGUAUUGCUAAUUAGAUGGGAAAUAUAUUCGUGAAGAAGCCCAAAAUCACCGAUGUAGAUGGAGCAAUUCUCUUUCAAAACUCAAAGGCGGAAGCUUGGGCAAUAUCAGCAGCAGCUUGGAACUGUGAUAGAAGCAGAAAAGCAAGCCGCCAGGAAUCAAGUAGAAAGGAUAGAGCCUUGUUAGCAUUGAAUAAGAAAGUUGACACAUGGCUCAUCAACGUCGAGCAACAAGUAAAUUAUUGUACCCAUUUGUACAAAUGUGUAUUAUUUAGAUUGUUUCAAUCUUUUUUUUCGUGAUGGUUUUGUGACAACAGGUGUAUGGCGUACCCGAUAUCCCCCG